UAUAUUUAAUAAUUAUAUCAUACAGUUAUUACAUUAUUAUAAUCUAUAAUUAUGCUAAGAUAUAAACAAGAAUAUAACGAUGUUAUAAAACUUAAGUAACGUACACAGACGCAUCAUACGUUACCUAUGCAAAUACGAUUGACUCGGAAUAUUUAUUAAUAUUUAUCAGCUAGCUGUAUCUUUCUUUGAUUUAACAUGUAUGUUUGUGACAUUUAGUAAUAUAUUGUGCAAUCGUACUUUGCAAUAGUUAAUAUAAAUAUAAAAAGCGGCCGUAUACAUAUAUUUUUCCAAAGUAAAAAUAAUAGAUUGAAUUUACUUAUCCGUACAAAAAAUCGAAGUGAAACAUUUUUGUUUGCGAUCGCGCGAAAUGAAAACACAAGGCCCGUAAAAGUUUCGUUUUCAAACGAAAAUUUGUAUGACAUCUCAAUAACGUCACUCGUGAUUAGAGUAAACGCAUACACAUACAUGCAUAAUAUAGUUGGUUGACACAUAACCUAGAAAUAUUUAACUUUCAAAACGAAUCGUGGAAAACGUUUCGAUGUCAUUAUUAAAACACAUAUAUUAUCAGUGAAUAAGUGCGAGCGAUAUCGGUAUAGUUUCGAUGUUUUGCAACAUCAAGAUUUCACGAAAAAAAUAACUAUUUAUUUGAUAGCAUCCCGUACUUGUAGGAAAACUUACGAAGAAUGUAAAUCAGUAUGCGUUUCAUUGUGCAUUUCAAGAAAACACAUUUUUUAACAAAACAACUGUGAACGGUGUAAAUACGUGUACAGAUAUAUUAUUCUAUUUCUUGAAAGUCAAGCUUGAUGCCUUUACCAAAUAAUAACCUUGAUUAUUUUAAAACGAAAAUUCAACUGAGAAAAUUGUAAUGAUUCAAAUAACUUUCCUUUUUGAAAGGAUGUUUUUACAACAUAAUUUGUUUAAAAAUUGUCAUAUAAGUGAAAUUGUUAUCAACGGGAAGUAACAAUAAAAAUAACUCUAAAAUUUAUGGAAAAUUUUGGGAAGAAUUAUUUCAAUGCCAUGUGAACAAGUCUUCUGUUUAAAGUUGGUAGUCAUGGACGAAAGGAGGGUAGCGGAUUAUUUUGUCAUUGCUGGCUUACCUGGUCAAGACAGCGAUUUCGAUAAUGACAACGAAAGUCAAGAAAAAUUGGAAGACUGGUAUCAAGAAGGGACACAUGUCAAAGACAUGCAUAUGAAACCUCCGAUUACUGACCUUGCUAUUAUAUUCCCAGCGUUAGGUGAACAAUGUCCAGAAGGGUAUAUUUUGUUAGAAUAUACUGUUACAGGGUUACCUGCUGAUUUAAAUCAUGGAAGUUUAAGAACAAACGAAUGUUAUUUAUGUUACCGAAGAGGACGAGACAAACCUCCUUUAGUUGAUAUAGGUGUAAUAUAUGAUGGCAAAGAACGUAUAAUGCAAGAUGCAGAAAUGGUAUUGGAGACGCCUAAAGGACACGUAGCAAAUGUGAAUAAUUCAACAUCAAAAAUAUUUGUGACAUACAGACGUGCAACUCGUAAAAUGCCAUGCAAUUCUUUAGUUGUGACAGAUAUAUGUGUCAUCUUAACAAAUAAAGGAGAAACUCCUCCACAUGCGUUUUGUGUUAUUAAUAAAAAUUUGAACAAAGGCAUGUUGGGCAGCGAUGUAUAUUUAUGCUACAAGAAAUCCAUGAAUCGUGCAAACUUAAUAUCAUUUAAACCUGCUGUACUAUAUAAAUAUCCAAUGGCAGAUUAUAGCAGUUUUGUUUUUCCAAAUUCUGUUGCAAUGUUCUGCUUACCAAUGGGAGCAACAGUAGAGUGCUGGCCUAAAGUGGCAUGUAAACCUAAACCAGUGUUUUCAACGUUUGUUUUGACAGUUGCUGAUGCAGCUCAAAAAAUAUAUGGUUCCGCAAUAACGUUUUAUGAAGAGCUCGAAGUAGAAAUGGAUAUUCCAAAUUUGAAAGAAAAUCAACAACCACUCGAAGAAAUGGAAAAAAUAAAGAUUUCUGUGGAAAAUGCAGAAGUUGACAAUCAGCUUUCGAAUAUGAGAAAAUUUAAAAAGUGUGGAAUACUUAAAAAGCUUACUUUACUGCAGUUGGAAAAACUGCAAUACACAGAUCCUGCCACACAAUCUUUAAAUAUUAGUAAAUCCAUAUGCAUUCUAUCUCAUUGGCCAUUUUUUGAUACGUUUGAAAAAUUUUUAGUCUAUUUACAUAGUAUGGUCAAUAGCAAGCCCCAAAACGUUCCUAUUGAAAAAUAUAUAGCAUAUUUUUUGUACGAUAUACCAUUUCCGAGUCCGCAGAGACCAAGAAUUCUUGUACAGUUAAGUAGUAAGGACAGAUUGAUUUUAACUCAACCAGAAGAUUUAGCACUACCUAGGUCUGGCGCCAGUUUUCGGCAGUUACUCAUCAAUUUAGGGCCUGACAAUUGUUUACUUAUACUGUUGUUAAUCUUAACUGAACAGAAAAUACUUGUACAUUCACUACGUCCUGAUGUUCUUACAUCAGUGAGUGAAGCUAUAGCUAUGAUUUUGUUUCCAUUUAAAUGGCAGUGUCCAUAUAUACCUUUGUGUCCCUUAGGCUUAGCCGAGGUUUUGCAUGCGCCGUUGCCGUUUUUAAUUGGGGUGGAUUCCAGAUUUUUUGAUUUGUACGAUCCGCCUGGAGAUGUUAAUUGUGUAAAUUUGGAUACAAACAACAUAGCUAUUUGCGACGAUAAAAGAUAUUUAAAUGUGAAGCUGUUGCCCAAAAAAGCAGCUAGACAGCUUAAAAAUGGGCUGGAACAUCUCUAUUCAAAGUUGAUUUCGUUAGGAAAAAGUUAUUCGUCUAUGAAAGAUAUGGAUGAUGAAGAGUUUAGCGUCGAUAAAGAAUUUCAGCAAAAGCGAAAAGAGCAAGCUUUGGAACUAGAAAUACAAGAUGCUUUUUUAAGAUUCACUGCUACUAUACUAAAAGGAUACCGUGCUUUCUUACUACCAAUUACAAAAGCUCCAACGGUUGGUUCGACCGAUCCAACUAGUUUGUUUAAUAUACAAGCGUUCCUUAGAAGUCGGGAUAAGGCUCACGCAAAGUUCUAUAGUAUGCUAGUUAAGACGCAAAUGUUCAUAAGAUUUAUAGAAGAAAGAAGUUUCGUAUCUGACAUGGACAUGGCGGGUUUAGCUUUCUUUGAUGAAUGCACCGAACGCAUAGAAGAAGAAAAUGUACCACUUUUGGAGUUGGACGAAUCUCAGCACAGCGAACGAACAGUAUUUAUACCUCCACCUGAAGCUGGACUGAAUCAGGCACCAAUUGUAUAUCGCACAUUUAAAUUAAAUCCUGAUUUAAUAAGACCUCAAAAACAUUUGAAUAUAAAGAACACAAACUUAUGUGCCUUUGGAAUAAUACCAGGAAGCCCUAUGGCACGCCGAACUAAGCAUGAAAUUAAAGUAGCACAAAGGAUGGCACGCAAACAAGCAGCAAUGCCAGAUAGGUGGGGUAGAUGUCUACUUGGAACUUGCUACAGUCUUUGGUUUUUGCAUUUGCCAGCUAUGUUGCAAGUGUCUAAUCAACCAGCUGCGAUUUUACACCAGGCCUAUGAUUUACUAGUUAAAAUGCCAAAAUUACAUCUUGAUCCUAUCGAAGAAGUUUGCUAUAGAGCUAUGAUGCAACUUUGCGGUGUUUAUGGACAACCUGUAUUAGCUGUAAAAUUACUAUUCCACAUGAAACGUAGCGGCGUUCAGCCAAAUGCUCUCACUUAUGGGUUUUACAACAAGGCUGUACUUGAAGCAACUUGGCCAUCCGACAUGACCAAUUCCAGUCAACUUAUGUGGAAUAAAUUGAGAAACGCCAUAGUUGGAGCAGCAUUGUUCAAAAAAGCUGGUAAAAGAAGUGCUAGAAGAAGAUUGAGUUCAAACGCAGAUUUAUUAACCGUUGAUGGUAAACUAGCGAAUAUGGAACAUGCAUUUUCUAGAUCUAGCCUUGAUAGCUCUCAUUCGCAAGACACAGAAGCCGCACAUAGCGAUUCUACCAAAGGAAGCUCCACGUCGGAUUUACCAGAAUAUGGGCCUCUAGAGAUAAAAAAACUUCCUCGACAAAAUAGUAUCGUUAAAGAUACGGCAUUAAAUGUUAUGCAAACAGAGGAACUAAAUAAUUUACCAAUGACUCAGAGGUUGGCUCGUAACUCAGAAUCACCCUUAAAAAGCCCCAUACGCACGCCAGUUACAGAAAACGAUCCGCUAGGUGCUUUAAUUAAUGAUGAAACGCCGAUUGUCUCACCUUCAGAAGAGAAUGAUUCGAACUGCUCGACAUGUACUUUGACAGUUUUUAAUAACGUCGAAGAACGGCCGGGAGGACCGCUUUUAUUUCGAAGCAAUAUCUUGCCUCGUAGUGCAACAUUUCACCAAACCGUAGAUGAAAGUGAUGUAGCAAUAGGCGGCCAUUUGCAAAGAAGCGAAACGAUGCCCUAUUCUGUGGCACAGCAAGGCGAACAAGAUAAAGAGAGAGAAAGGCUAGAAAUAAGCAGUCUUUGGUCUCAAAAGGAUAGCGUUACCUCGAGUCUGUCAAGUCUAGGCUCUAGUUUGAAGCUGAGUUUUGGGACUACUAGUCUGACGGGGAAAAAAUCUAAUGAAAUAAUACUCGGUGGCUUAAACAGUUUAAAAUCGGCUGCAACGACGGUAGUAAAAAAGUUUGAUGAAAUUAAAGAAGCUAUUUCUGCGACCAGUACACCAGUGAAACUGAAAGAACGUGAAUAUAAAAUAACACACGGAGCAUCACACGAAUCUUUGGAUUCGAUGACAGAUGGAUCUUUACAAGAUCGAAACGAAGCCCUUAGAAUGUCUGGUGAUGGGAACAUGGAUCCUUACACACUGUAUGAUUUAGCCGAAUGUUUAUAUCCAAAAGGGUCAAGAGAAUUGGAUGAACGAAUUGCUAUUGAACUCGUGCUAUCUAGUGCUAGUAGAUGUCAUCAUUGUGCCUCCAUACUCUACGACGAAGAAAUAAUGGCUGGUUGGCAACCAGAAGACUCGAAUUUAAACACAGUCUGUCAGUAUUGUGACAAAGCGACAGUACCUCUACUUACUAUAACGAUAUUAGAUUACAGAUGCGAAGAAAAUGAAAAAAAAAAUGAUCCUCUAAUGGGAGCACUAGUUGAACUUUUGGAUAAACCGAAAGAGCUAUUAGAACCCACCACAGUGCCAUAUUUGAAUCCUUUGGUUCUAAGAAAAGAACUAGAAAGCGUCUUAAGCCAGGAAGGUGAUUCAUGUCUUACAAAGCAUAAAUUUAUCGAGGAACAUCCAAUAGUGUACUGGAAUCUUAUAUGGUACUUUGAAAGGAUUAAUUUAACGAGUCACCUCCCAGACCUGUGGCUGAAUAAUAAUAAGAAAAAAGAUCAAAUAAGUUAUGGUGUGGUAGGUGUUAAAACUAUGUGGGAUAAUGAGAGACUUCAUAUGAAUCGAUUACCCAUGUACCUUCAAUGGAAGCUCAAUAUUACAGAUGAUAAAACGUUAAUGCAGACAGUAAUUACUUAUGUUCGUCGAAAUGACUUAGCGGAACCUAUAAAAAGAGUGGCCUUAGAAAGAAGCAGAAAUCAAGCACCUGACCAACCCCUAUUUUCUAUAUAUCGAGAUAUCUUGUUUUUAGCAUUUACCAUUUUGGGUAGAGGAAAUAUUGAUCAAGGUGUUUUCGACAAAGAAUAUACUUUAUCACUAGAAAGAUUAACGGAAGGAGAAGAAAAGCUGUUGUGUAAAAUUGAUGCUCCGCCUUCGAUGAUGUCAGUAUUCUGCAGACAUUAUUUUAAGCAACUCAGCGUGUAAAAAUAAUACAAACGGUAUUAAAAAGGUGUAAUAUAUUGUGAAAAUGAAUAGAUUAUCAUGAAAAUUAUUACAGAUUUAUAUGUUCAAGUCUGAUUUUUGAUGCGAAACAAAAUUUGUAUCCUUCAAAAUUGAUAGGGAGUUACUUUUUUUUUAGAUAAACGUGUGCGAUUAGUAUGUUUAAAUACACUAAGACUUUGAUUUUUUAACGAAAUACCCGUGAAGACACUGAAAGUCACAAAUUCGCUUGUGGAGUAAUACAAUUUCCAUAUAUAAAAUAUACAAUUAAUAUAAAUACUUUUUUAUUUAGUAAAUAGGUUGCCAAUACACAUUUUCGCGCAUAUAAUUUCUUAUGGCAAUGUGAAUAUUAUUAGUUGUAUUUAUGAACGUGAUACUAAAGAUCGUUCAGUACCAAAGAAACUGACUUGAUCGUAAAACUAUAAAUUCAGUUGCUUUAAUAUGAAUGCACUACACACCUAGCGCAAUCACGAUUUUCAAUGUACAUAUAUAAUUGGCAUAUUUCUUACAAUCUUUUGAUUAUAAACGUACUGAUUUUAAGUAACCACCAUUUUUUUUUUUUUUUUUGUUUGUUUGUUAAGAUAUAACGUAAUUUAACGUCCAUAUAAUAUGUAUUACAAAAGACAAUAUUCAUCUUCUUUUUCUUAGGUGGAACAGUCAGAUAAUUCAUGACCAAUUAUUCAAUUACUAACUUACGUGUUCACUAUGAAAAGUGCUGUUUACAUUUGUGGCACAAAAGUUUAAUUUCAUAUUCAUUAUAGCGAGUUGAAGAUUUUUAAAUUAAACUCUAUUUAAACUACCAUACAAUGACUUUUACAUUAUUGUUUGCGAUUAAAAAUGGAUAUUCCAUUCUUUCUUUGCAAAAUAUGCUGCCCGUAACGCAAAACGUAACUUCUAUAAAACGUUUGAUGUAACUCUGACAUAUUGAAAGUGUUUUAUUUGAAUGAUGAUAUAAGAAAUUUAGAAUGUUGUAAAUUUAAGUUUUAAAUACCCGAUGAUAACGAAUAUUUACUUUUACUUGAUUUAAAUAUGUAUACAUUACUUGUUACAAUAAAAUUACAAAUAACAGCUAUGUUGUAAUGAAUAUUUUAAAUGAUAUCCAAUUUUAAUUUCAAAUAAGUUUGUGAAAAUAAAUGUUUUCUGCAAAAUAUUGCUUUGAAAGUAUUUCACUUCAAAAACAUUUAAUAGAACAUUGUAUGUACCUGAUAUUUGUAAAACAAUUUCUUUGCAUAAAUAAAUUAUAUAAUGCAUUGGUUGUUAAAAAUUAUAGAAAUGAAACAUGGAUAUACAAGGUUGUACAACAAAUAUGUGACAGAGGGAUAAUGCCCAAACUAUUAUUGAUACUAAGGAAUCUUUCAUGUAAAAAAUAAGAGAUGCAAAGUCACACAUAUUAAACAAGGCUACUAUUUGUUGCUUUAUAUUAUAAUAAAUAAUCUUAUAUUAUAGAUCAAUGAAAUAGUUUCAAUGUCAGCAUUUAUUAUGUGCAAAAAGAUACUGUGGUUCAAUUUAAAAUAAUAUCAAUGGCCUGGACAUAAUCUCAGCACUUAUACCAACAGAUAAUAUACUAACAUUAUUUGAUUGAUUUGUACUUUGCAACUUAUAUAUACAUGAACAUAUUUUUUUUGUUUUAAUAAUAGUUUGAGCAUUACCGCUCUGUACAUAUUGACUACUUCAACCUGUAUAUAGUUUAACAUGACAAUGUUAUGCACUUUUCACUACGAACCCUGUAAAAAGUAUACUACUGUAUAUUCGUUCAUUACAUUAUUACAUUAUAAAAAUAAGACAUAAAUAAAAGUCAGUCCUGGUAUUGUACAUAAAUGAGUUUUUUUAUCUGUGUAGUUGUUGUAGUCACUUGUCUUUGACUAAACUCAUACAUGUCUUUAUUAAUGAAAUAUAAUAA